CCAGCACCCACCUCGUCCCACAUCGAUGCAUGUCCUCCUAGUUGCGUCGUCAUCUCCACAGCCACCUUUUUUUCUUACCCAUUUCGUUUUCAGUCCCUUUUACACUCUUCCUUCUCUCUCUCAAAUCUACCACAGCCCACAUCCCCUCCGCUUGCUCCCGACCCCACGAACCCACAUUGCUGCCUCGCCGUGAUUCGCAGCUGUUAUACCCAGAUUUCGAGCCAUGAUAAAUACAACCUCGAAAGUUGGAUUCACAGCAAGUGGACUCAUAAGAUUUAAAGUAUGCUCCAGGAUUAAAUAUCGAGCCUUCAAGGCUCGAUACGACCUCAAACGUGGUGACCUCGAAGAGUUCAUGAUCUCGAAAGGUAGCUCCGAAGACGCAUCCAUCCUCAGGGAUGACCUCGGAUCAGGGGUCCCGAGCUCGACGCACAGACGAUCUCGAAAGCCAUGUGACCUCGGGAGAUAUCUCUAGCUCGAAAGCUGACGAGAAACCUGGGAAGCUAAGGCCUUGGAGAUAUAUGAUAAAAACCUUGAAUAUCUAUAAGUGUUGUCCAUACGAGAUGUAAUCCUCAUUUAUUACUGUAAAUCCCCUAGAAUCGUGGGAUAUUAUUUGGUCAGUUAUACGUCCCCUGGUCUUCAGGGGACGUUUCCUUUUAUAUCUGAUUAUAGGCAUUUAAAGCCAUUUAUUUUAUUUACACAAAAAGAGUAACUACCCAAAAUAUGUGGGAUAGUAUUCUGCAGCCUUCUCUAUAAAUAGAGAGGGCAUGCACCAUUGUAAUGGACCGAAAAUCUGAACUUUGAGAGAAAACUCUGAAAAAUUCAUGCUUAAGAAUUUUCAGAGAUAAUCUUGAGUAUUAAUAACAGAGACUCGUGGACUAGGCAGAUUUAACUGCUGAACCACGUAAAAAUCGUGUGUUUGUGUUGUUAUAUUUCAAUUGGCCAUUAUCAGUUAUUGUUUACGUGCUCUCCUUUCACUGUUGACGAAAAACGGCGUCAACAGCAGCCACAUUGUUGAGCCCACGUCGCCGGAGCCCAAGGUUUACAACACCUAAGACCCCACACUCCCCUUGCAAGCCCGAUACCCUAGCCGAAGAUGUCACUCCUCAUGCUUCCUACUGAAAGGCAUUCUCCAGCAAAGGCUGCGUAUAGGGGAGGGAGCAUUAUGAGUACAAUAAUAACGAAGUUCACGACAUUUGACUUGUUGGAACGAGCGAAACAGUCACCAUUCAAGAAAUUCUUCUUAGCUCUGCCUCUACAAUAUUCUGGAGUUAUUAUUCACCAAUUACUGCUUAGGAUAGUUGUUGGUAGAGGAAAGAACGAAUACUGUUUGGAUUUUAAUAUUUGUGGUCAGAAUACAAGGUUUGGAAUGAGUGAAUUUGGUUUGAUCACUGGAUUGAAUUGUGGAAUUUCUCCGGAUCAGAAAAAGUAUAAAGAAAUGACCAAGAGUAAAAGACUUCUCCAGACAUACUUGAACAAUAAAGAAUGUUUGUCUUCUGAAGAGUUGGAAAAUGGAUUCAAAAGGUGCGAUGUGAAAGAAGGCGUAUGGAAAUUAGGUCUAUAUUUUUUGGUAGACUCUCUUUUAUUACCUAGUGAACCAAAGAAGAAAUGCUUUAUUGAUGUCCUUUCCAUGGUGGAAAAUGAAGAUGACUUCUUCAACUAUCGUUGGGGGAGAUUAUCGUACGAGAAGACAUUAUUCGGCUUGACAAAAGAUAUGGAAAGGCUAAGGAAUAAAUACUUGAAGAAUGCUGAGCAAAAGAGAAAAAGACCAGCACCUCAGUACACAAUUUAUGGUUAUGCCAUUGCUCUGCAAUAUUGGGCCUAUGAAAUUUUCACAAAAUUCGCUGCAUUUGCUGAUCAACAACCCCUUGCCUUUCCAAGAAUGCUUAGCUGGUCAGCGCAUAAAAUGCUGAAAGAGAAAGAUAUUGAAGGUGUAUUUAAGAAAAAAAGUAAUCUUGUGAAUGCCACGCUCAAUCCAAGACGCGAAUAGAAAGAAUUUCUUGACUCUAUUAUUCAAGGACCAGAUGAACUACUCAUGGGUCGUGUUAUUAGCUUUGUAGACAAUGAUGUGGAAUUGGAAUUUGAAAGGGAAGAGCGUGAGGAACCUCCCACAAAGCCUGAUGUAGCAGAUGGACAUCGUCACGAGCAAGACCAGAAAGAGAUACCAACUCCAAUUAACACCCACCAUGAAAAGUUGUUAGCUGAUAUUGACACUUUGAAAAGUAACCUACAAAGAAUGGAGGAGAAGUUGGAUUAUCUAAUUGAAUUGGUGCUCUCGCAAUGUAAAGGUAGUGAUUCUGAGGAUUCAGUAUCAGAUGAGCAUCUUGCUUCACCACACCGUACAUUUAUUAUGGAGCACGUUGUUGGAGAAGAUAGCUCUAACUGUAAGGUGGUAUCUCCUGAAGAUAUGGCUGGGGUGGAAUUCAAGAGAAGGAGGGUUCCAACGAAAAUAAUUUUUGGUGUCGAGUUUACUGAUCUAACUAGGAAGAAAAAGAAAGCAAAGACAAUUGUAACUGAUCCUUGUGAAAUUAAUCCCUUACAGCCAUAUGACGAAAAGCAAAUGAGACGCUUUAAGAAAUGGAUAAUUGGUUUAAAAAAGAAUGAUAAGCUUAUUUCUCUCUUGGCUGGUUCGUGCACAACGAAAUAGUUUAUUCAGCUACUUACACCACGUACAUGGCUGGACGGGCUGCACAUUGAUGCAGCUUUAGGGUUGAUGAAAGAACGAGUGUACACUUACAAGAGGACUUACUCCGAAAGAUUCACCAUCGUGGAUUCUAUGUUCCAACAGUUCUUCGAACCACAUUAGGAACAAUUCAACAAGCCGAAAAUCAAAUCAAGUUACAUUUGGCCAAAAGAAGUGCUUAAUUACUUGGUAGGUGACGAUAACAUUUUCAAAAGGAGUUGGAAAGACAUUGACGAUGUGUUUACCCCGAUUAAUUUUUUUGGGACACAUUGGGUGUUGUUAGAGAUAUCAUUGACAAACUAUCUUAUAAAAGCUUAUGACUCUGAUAUCACUGUGAUCUCCAACAAGGAGUUUGAGAAUAAAAUGAGCAAAUGGGGAAAAAUGCUACCAUUUCUAAUUCA